UGGCAGCCACACAAUAACAGCCGCGGAGGGAGGAGAUCGAGCUGCUGCUCUCAGCACCUCUGGGUGGCUCAGAUCUGCUCUGAGGAGGCCCCAGGUGGAGAGGUGGAUGCUGCGCUCUGGUCCAAGCCAAAGCUUGGCCCCCAGUGACUUUCGGCCAUUUCCAGUGAACAAAUAUAUCCUCAACAGAUGAAGAUCUGCCUUCACAGAGGCUAAGCGGAAGGUAUCCUCACUGCCUCGGGCAGCCCCAUAAGAAGAAUUCCAAGACAGACUGAGCUGAGAGUGGAGGAGUGAGCCCACAGCUCCCUGACAUGACGAUGAGGAGGGCCAGCAGACAUUUGGAUGUGUGAGCCCUGCCUUUUCCGAGUGGCCAUGUCGGAGGGAGAGAGCAAGGACAGCUCGGGCAGUGAGUGCCCCGUGUGCUACGAGAAGUUCCGGGACCUGGAGGGCGCCAGCCGGACGCUGAGCUGCGGCCACGUGUUCUGCCAUGACUGCCUGGUCAAGUACCUGCUCUCCACCCGCCUGGACGGGCAGGUCCAGAGGACUAUCAUCUGUCCCAUCUGCCGCUAUGUCACCUUCCUCAGCAAGAAGAGCUCCCGCUGGCCUUCCAUGCUUGACAAGAGCUCUCAAACCCUGGCUGUGCCAGUGGGCCUUCCCUCUGUGCCACCGCCAGACAGUCUGGGCCACACAAACCCCCUGGCCGUGUCCCAGCCUAUCUGGAGGCCUGCCCCGGGCCAGGCCAGGUUGCCGGCCAGCUCAGGUCAGAGUGCCCAGCUCCCCUUGGACCUGCCGCCCAGCCUGCCCCGGGAGUCACAGAUCUUCAUCAUCAGUCGCCACGGGAUGCCCCUGGGGGAGCAGGACAGUGUCCUGCCGCGGCGCAGCCUGGCGGAGCUCUCGGAGAUAUCCCCGGCACCCAGCACCACCCGCUCAUUCUGCUGCCGGUCUCGGGCCCUCCUGCUUAUCACCCUCAUUGCCGUGGUGGCUGUGGUAGCUGCUAUCCUGCCCUGGGUGCUGCUGGUGAAGAAGCAGGCAUGAGCAGGGCACCUGGAAAGGCACGCCCGGCCUGAAAGCUGCCCGCUGCUUGGCUGGGCUAGCCAUGGCUUGGGAGAGGGCCGAGGGCAGAGAGCAGAGGGCCCCGGCAGGCCCUGUCCAGCCAAGCUCUGAAAGGCUGGCAGGCAGGCGGGGGGAGGACACGGCAGAGGGAAUACCAUGGCUUUCUCCCCACCUCCAGCUCCCCAUCAAGGCAGGGGCAUGGGCAUGCCAGGGAAGGAAAGCUAAGAAUGCACCCCCACCUGUGUCCUCCCAGAUGCUUUCCCUUCUCCUAGGCUGGAACUGAGCAGGCUGCGAGAUGGGUGGUCACUGCCCUCCUAUGGGCCAUGGGUCCUGAGGUGUGACCUCCCAAAAGCCAGUGGCCACUCUAGGUACAAGGAAGCUUUACUGGUAGAUGUCCUGCUGGAAGAGGGCCAACAGCAGGACUCCCACAGGCCAGAAUUGCCACCUUGGAUUCCCUCUUGCCCUCAGGAAUAAGCAAGAGAGGGCGGUGCAGGUGCCGGGGUGCAGGUACCAAUCUCAGCCCUCACUGCACCCACUUCCUCCCUGCCUCCCACCCACCAGCCUCUCAGGCCUUCCCUGAGGGAGAAGUUGGUCUCAGAUAUUGUAUUCCAGGAUUUCUGGGGGAAUCAACAGAAAAGGGUCUUCCUGGACAGCUGAGGCCUCUCAGGAGACAAGCAUUUGUUGACCAUGGCCAUGACUAGCAGAAUAGCCCUCACACAGGGCCAGAGGAGGGGGCCAAAUCUUGAGUCUUGGGGUUCUCAAGGAUGGACUGCAAGGCAGGGAGGGGAAGCGUGACAGGUGAGACCUGAGUCAGCCGAAAGCUAUGUGGCAAAUUAACCCCAGGGGCUCCCACCUCCCAGCCCCAGUCCUCCUCAUCACUCAACCACUCAUUAGAGGCUGCACCAGCUGGGCCAGUUUCUGAGGUGGAUUCCCAGGCUGGGCUGGGUGAGGAUGGGUGGGGAAAAAAACAGCUGCACUUAUCAGGGACACUACUGUUUCACCCAGCAAGUGCCAAAGCCCAGGUGCUUCUAGCUGCUCACCAAGGCCUCUCUACCUGGGGACUCCCUGGCCUCACUGAAGGCCCUACCAGGAAAUCCUCCCAUCAGUCUCACCUGAGGAAGGGGUCACUUGGGGACAGUUUUUUUUUUUUUUGUAGAGACAGAGUUUCACUUUAUGGCCCUGGGUAGAGUGCUGUGGCAUCACACAGCUCACAGCAACCUCCAACUCCUGGGC